AUGUUGCAUUGUCUCAACGGUUCGGGGAAUCUAGGAGCGAGUUGUUCGGACAUGACAGUGUUGGAAAGACAAACGAAGUGGCAACAACAACAACACCAUCACGAGAAUCACCAACCUUACAUUUCCGCAACGGAGUUUCACGUUAACCUUGUUUUCUCUUCUUCUUCUUCCAAUAAUCAUCCUCAGAGUCAGGGCUCGGUCAUGGCGCGUGAUGGUUCCGCGCUUGGUGAAGUGUUGGCUCAUUCUGUGAAUCCCGACCCGGGUUUCUGCACCGAAUUGGACGCUGGAUUCGGAUCCUCUUCUGGUUUUUUACCCAAGGAAAACAUUAAGAAGAGGAAGGCGCAGAAUUCCAAGGUUGCUGCGGAGAGUGAUAACAAGGACAAGAGAGUCAAGAUGAGUGGGGAGGAAGGAGAAUCCAGAGUGACAAACCAAACCAGCAACAAAAAUGGCAAAUCCAACGCAAAUAAGAACAACAGAGAAACCUCUGCGGAUUCUUCCAAGGAUAAUUCGAAAAUCUCCGAGGUUCAGAACCAGAAGUCUGAGUACAUUCAUGUCCGAGCGCGUCGUGGUCAAGCCACUGAUAGUCAUAGCUUAGCUGAAAGAGUUAGGAGGGAGAAGAUUAGCGAGAGAAUGAAGUAUUUGCAAGAUUUGGUUCCGGGUUGCAACAAAAUUGCAGGCAAAGCUGGAAUGCUUGAUGAAAUCAUUAACUAUGUUCAGUCUCUUCAACGACAAGUUGAGUUCUUGUCGAUGAAAUUAGCUGCUGUAAAUCCAAGGCUUGACUUCAACAUUGAAGAACUGUUUGCCAAAGAGGUGUUUCCUUCAUGUGCUCAAGGAUUACCAAACAUUGGGAUGCCAUCAGAUAUGAGUAUGUGUAACACUCCCUCGUAUCUUCAGUUCAAUUCAACACAGCAACUUGUAUCGUGUUGUGGUGGAUUAAUAAAUAACGCGGGGAUGAGCCCUCCGAAUAUGGGACUUCGAAGGAACAUUAGUACUACACCUGUACCCUUGCCCGAAAUGUCUCUUGACUCGUCCUGCUUCGCUCAAAUUCUACCCUCCUCAAAUUGGGAAGGUGAUUUCCAAAGCCUUUACAAUGUUGCUUUUGAUCAAGGGCGAACAGCAUCCUUUCCUUCUCAGCCAUUUACAGGUCUAGUUGAAAGUAGCAAUCUAAAGAUGGAGAUGUAA